UUACAUUUUGGUUAUCAACAAAUACGAGUUGUAUAUUAUUUUGAUUAUUAGUAGAUAUAAAACAUAAAAAUUAAAAAAUAAGUACUUAAGAUGCGACAAGAUUUGAAACUAUGCAGGCUUUGCGCGGGAUGCUGUGAAAACAAAACCACGACUUCGCUCUUUGACAGAAGUAGAAAAUCAGCACUUCGAAGGAUAUUCCAACUAACUAAUAUCCAGUUAAAAAAUCUCAGCAAUUUACCGUCCGCAAUGUGUUCGGAUUGCGAAAAAGAAUUGGAACGGGCUUACGAAUUUCGUAAUCGUUGCAUUUCAGCGCAAACGUAUUUUUCCAGUUCAGAAUACAUGUGUCAUUUCGAUCAGAAACGUAGACAGAAACAAAUUUCCAGUGAUAACUCCAUCAAGGAAUCUACUUCAGUAAAGGUUGAAUUUUUGUCAUAUGCUAAGGAAAAUGAAAACAGGCAGAGACAAAUUGCUAGCGCCAUGGAAAAGGAAUCUACUUCAGUGAAGGAUGAAUUUUUGUCAUAUAGUAAGGGAAUUGAAACAGCAGAUUUGGACUUCAAUACCCGUUCGGGUUAUAUUUUACAAGUUGCAGUAGAAAGUGAAUGUGAUUUCGAUGCACUUAAUGAAGGUGAAGUGGAGCACGAUGAUUCCCAAGUAGAGUUGGAAAAUCAGUCCUUGAAAAAUUCCGACUACGAACUCUUGCCAUCGAAUAAAACAAGAGCAGCAAUGGAAGAAAAUGAGGAAAAAGAUGGAGAUCCUGAAGAAAUUAUCUCUCAGCCAGUUAAGGCAAACAACAAUGGGGAAGAUCCAGAGAGCGAUGAUAAUCAGAAGACGAAAGCUAAAGAAGAAAAGCAGAAUAAACCACGAACAUAUAUAUGUGAUCAAUGUGGUAAUAAUUUUAAGUAUCGUAGCCAUUUUUAUUCACAUAUCAAACGACAUGCUGGAGUAAAGCCUCUACAAUGCGAAGUUUGUCCGAAUAAAUUUUUUACCGAGGGCGAACUUAAACGACAUAUGCGCCGACACACCGGUGAACGUCCAUUCCCUUGUCAGUAUUGCGAGCGUCGUUUCACGGACUAUAGUACAAGAAUUAAGCAUGAGCGUACACAUACAAACGAACGUCCAUUUGGGUGCCCACAAUGUGGUAAAGCGUUCACAACAUCAUAUGUUUUAAAGAACCACAUGCUUGUGCAUACUGGAGAACGCUCCUUCAAAUGUACGCUUUGCAAUAAAUCUUUCCAACGGCAAACGCACCUUAUCGUACAUACACGUUCUCUGAUCCACAAACAAAACGUUGAACGCCAACAACAAACAAAUCAAAAAGUCAAAUGUUUUUCACUAACAAAACCGUCUUUGAACACUUAAAAACGAAGUGAAUUCACUCAUUUAGUUCGAAAAGUUCUGAACGGAGUGUAGACAAAUGCUGGUGCGUGAGAAAAUAUAAUUUAAGG